CUGGAAGGAUCCUCAGCAGAGCGCGGGCGGAGUGCGGGCGCGGUAUGAGGUUUCUGCUUUGUGCUUGCUGUGUCCUGCUGGGAUGGUGUCCGGCUGGAGCCCUGGACAGUGGGAUGCUCUACCCACGGGAGUCAUCCUCCAGAGAGCUGAAGGAUCUCAGCGGCCUCUGGAGCUUCAGGGCAGACUGGUCAGAGCAAAGGGAUGCAGGAUUCGUGGAGCAGUGGUACAAACGGCCACUUCGACAGACAGGGACAGUGAUGGACAUGCCAGUCCCUGCCAGCUUCAAUGACAUAACUCAAGAUCCAAAGUUGCGGAGAUUUAUUGGCUGGGUGUGGUACGAGAAGGAGGUGCUUCCACCGGCUCACUGGCUCCUGAGAGAUACUGGGACUCGUAUUGUGCUCCGUUUUGGCAGUGCACACUAUUACUCUGUUGUGUGGGUGAAUGGAGUGGAAGUCACUGAGCAUGAAGGAGGACACCUGCCUUUUGAAGUGGAGAUCAGUGAAAUCUUGCAUAGGAGUCCCAAAGAGCCCUGCCGCAUCACCAUUGCAAUCAAUAACACUCUGACACCGCACACACUGCCUCCAGGAACAAUUCAGUAUAUGGAUGAUGAGUCCAUGUAUCCAAAGGGCUAUUUUGUUCAAAACACAAGAUUUGAUUUCUUCAACUAUGCUGGAAUUCACCGGCCCGUCUUGCUCUACACCACACCCUUGGCCUACAUUGACGAUAUCACAGUCACCACGGCCGUGAAGGGAAAUGUUGGCCUGGUUCAUUAUUUGGUGUCUGUACGAGGAAGCUCAGACUACUUUUUAUCGCUGACUUUGUAUGAUAGUGACCACAUUGCCGUAGCAACAGGAAACAGGUCAGCUGGUGAAUUGAAAGUGAUGGAUCCUCUUCUCUGGUGGCCCUACUUGAUGAACGAACGUCCUGGUUACCUCUACUCCUUGAAGAUCACGCUCUCUGCCGUUGUGGAUGGCUCCAUCUCUGAAGAUACCUAUGUGCAGCCAGUUGGUAUCCGAACCAUCUUUGUUGCUCGCAACCAGUUUCUGAUUAAUGGGAAACCAUUCUAUUUUCAUGGGGUCAACAAACAUGAAGAUGCUGAUAUCCGUGGCAAAGGCCUAGAUUGGCCUCUGAUCAUGAAGGAUUUCAACCUUUUGCGCUGGCUAGGAGCCAAUUCUUUUCGCACCAGCCAUUAUCCAUAUGCUGAGGAGAUCAUGGAGCUUUGUGAUGCUUAUGGCAUUGUUGUGAUUGACGAGAGCCCAGGAGUGGGCAUGCAUGACAGUCUGAACUUUGGAAACCAGUCUCUGCAACACCACCUUGUUGUGAUGGAAGAGCUGAUCCGGCGGGACAAAAACCGACCCUCAGUUGUGAUGUGGUCAGUGGCCAAUGAGCCAGCCUCGGAGUUGCCUGUGGCUGCUUACUACUUCAAGACAGUGAUAGCCCACACCAAGGCUUUGGACCCCACCCGGCCUGUGACAUUUGUCUCAAAUGCUAAUUACCUCCGAGAUCAGGGGGCACCUUAUGUGGAUGUCAUCUGUGUGAAUAGCUACUUCUCCUGGUACCACGAUGCAGGACAUCUGGAAGUGAUCCGGUUGCAGCUGAAGACACAGUUUGAGAACUGGUACACUACCCACCAAAGGCCCAUCAUUCAGAGUGAAUAUGGAGCAGACACCAUCAGCGGCUUUCAUGCUGACCCUCCUCUCAUGUUCUCUGAGGAAUACCAGGCAGCUGUGCUUAAGGAGUAUCAUGCUGUCUUAGACCAAAUGAGGGAGGAGUACGUGAUUGGAGAGCUCAUCUGGAAUUUUGCCGAUUUUAUGACAGAACAAGGGGUGACACGCGUCAUGGGUAACAAGAAAGGGAUUUUUACUCGCCAACGGCAACCGAAAGCCGCUGCCUUCGUCUUGAAAGAAAGAUACUGGAAGAUUGCUAAUGAAUCCAUAUCUCGGAUGUCACCAGCCCCGUGCGGUGCCUGCUUGCCCUAAAGCACACUUCUCCAAGUUUGCUCAACUCUCAUUUCAGGUGUUACAAGAGGCUCGUGUUACAGUUGUUCUACGGAAAGAACAUUAAAAUGCUGGUAACUUUUCUACGAUUGAAUGUCAAAGAAAUGUACUGAGAUCAUGAAAUCUAAUCAACAAAGCCACUAGCAGGUGAUAAAAUUUGCCAAUCAUUGGUUUGUUCUACCCCUACAGGGAGUCAGAAAAAGAGACUGUGAACACGUUUCUCCGAUUUUGAGAAAUAUUUGCACAUUUCUAAGGGUCAAAACGUUUCUUAGCCUUAUUAAAGUGUUUUACAAUCUUUUCAUCCCUUCUUGGAUACACUUUAUUAAUUUUGCUUUGUAUAUGGAACUAAAUUUAGGGUUUGCAGGUUUACUAAGUGCACUUUUGAGGAGGGAGAAUGCCUGAGAAAAAACCUUGAUGAAGAUAGUGACACUCCCACACUGCCUUUCAAGGCACACUGUCAGUCAUCCAUAAACCUGUGCAGAGGCAUCCCAGUGGUUUGCAGGAAAGCAAGGGGUUGAGCAGGGGGGUCGACUAGAAGACCUCUAAGGUCCCUUCCAAUUCUGUUAUUCUGGAAAGAGCUAAAGCAAGAGGCUAAACAGCCAAUGCAGGAUCUUCUAAUAUGGAAAGGUAGGUAGAAAUUUUGGGGAAAAACAGGAUGAAGAAAUCCUCAUCCUAGACAUGUUUACUGGCUUCAGUUUAUAUUUCAUUAACCCUACCCCAAAGGACAGGCUGUGU